AUGGCUGUCACCGUCAACGACACCGGCCCUUGGAGCUUUCGUGAAGCCCGGCAGUUCCUUCGAUCCUUUGAUCCCCCAUCCCUUCCUCCAGAUCCGAAUUCAUCCAAUUUACGACCACCGUCGAAAAUCGCUCUGGAUUUCGAUCCCUCCGAGUUCAAUCCAAAAUCGAGUGCAUCUAAAGCACUAGGGGAUUUCGACCGCCUCUAUGCCUUCUGCGGCAUACCCAUCAAUAAACAGUCUCGGGGUCGAAAUGAUUCAGCAGAGUCCUCAUCCUCCGACCCCAGCUCCGACCCUUACUCAACGUCUCUGUCAUCCGCACCCGACGAUGCUCUGAAAAAUGCUGCUCUCGGAUUGGGACUUGCCAAAGUCGACUUGAGCCCCCUAGAUGAUGGUGGACAAUCCGAUGGCUUUAUAAGCAAGGCCAAAGAAGUCCGCUGGAAAGACGAAAUACCCGGCCAGGAUAUCUCGGAAUCGCGCAUGCGACGCACUUCGGCUUCGGCUGGAGAUGUUGAUCUUGCGGAGCUUAUAGGCCUGCUCGAAGACGGCUCGGAGACCGAACCUGCAGCUCAAGCAAAGCUCACUGCUAUAUCUAAACAUCUUGUUAAAUCUAAGCCAUUGACAGGUUCCCCGGCCACACCAACAUAUUUCGAUUCAAAAUACAUUGAACCUCUAUAUCCAUUGACCAUCACAGAGGCAAAGGCCGGCAUUAUCAAGAAACUGCGGAAGAUGAAACUUAUCUCUCCAAGCUCGAAGCCGACGGGCGCGAUUUCUCGCUUUGCAGGAUAUUCCGAUAACAACGGCAUUCAUGUGUUCGUCGACCUAUCCAAUAUUGUAAUUGGCUUCCACAAUAAAUUGAAGGCGGACAGGGGAAUCCCUCAAGAUUUCUAUGUCAAGCAAGCUCCAAUCUGCUUUCACUCUCUAGCUUUCAUAUUUGAGAGAAGUCGCGGAGUUGCCCGUCGAGUCCUGACCGGAUCACAUGGGGGUCUCCUAUACGGUCAGAAACACAGGCGCCCCGAUUAUAUGGCCGAGGCUGAAAAAUGUGGGUAUGAAAUGAACAUUCUCGAACCGGUUUACAAAGCCAAACUUGCAACGCCCGUGAAACGGCGAAAAGGUACCGGGAAUGGAUAUGCUACAACUUCCGGGCACUCAAGUGGUUCAGACACAGCCCACCUGCUCCGACCAUCCAGGUCAGAGCAAUGCGUGGACGAAAUACUACAGAUGAAAAUGCUAGAGAGCUUAGUGGAUACAGAAAAACCAUCAACAAUGGUCUUGGCAAGCGGAGAUGCUGCAGAAGCGGAAUUCUCGGGUGGGUUUUUGAAGACGGUCGAGCGCUUCCUCCAGAAAGGUUGGAAAGUUGAAUUAUUAUCGUGGUCCAGUGGGCUGAGUAAGGAGUAUCUAUCGAAGUCCUUCCUGAAGAAGUGGGAGGGCAGGUUUUGCAUUAUCGCAUUGGAUGAGUUUUCAGAGGAGUUAUUGGCUGUUUACGCUUCUUCCUAUCCGGCAGAACUGGACAACUACUGA